UCCGACUGCAGUAUUUUUUUUAUUUUCUCCCGCUUAUAAAUAUAGCUUCUAUAAACCUUAUAUUUUUAUUACACCUCAGUUUUAUAUAUAAUCAUUAGUAUAUCAUUGCUCAAUCUAGCAAGCUAUCCAACCUUUGAGAUCAGCCUUCUCAGGAAUUUCAAAUGGACCAAAACACUCCGCGCCCAGGGCCUAUUAACCAGUCACUACUCACGUUGCCACUUCGUGCCCAUCGUGCAGACCGUGUAUGGUAUGAACCAGAUUCCAAAGACUCGUGCUUGAAAUGCGUCAGUUGCCCUUCAGCUGCAUUCGGAUGUGAAGCGCGAGAUGAAAGGGUGAUAAAUAUGUUAGCAUAUGCUGGGUUCUUGGGGGUAGAGCACAUUGCCCGUAUGAAGGUGGAUCAUAGUUUAAUAAGCGCGUUGGUGGAGAGAUGGAGGCCAGAGACACAUACUUUCCAUCUUCCAUUCGGUGAGGUCGGCAUUAGUCUACAAGAUGUGGCAGUGAUCCUUGGUUUGCCCAUUCGGGGUAUGCCCCUCAGUGGUCCAACCAUUAGGGGUAAGGAUCAGUGGAUCGACCUGUGCACUCAGUCGUGUGGUUUCACUCCUCUACAGACUGAUUUGCGCACGAGUAAUAUCACUAUGAGUGCUGUUACCCGUCACCGGAUCGUAGAUGACAGUACAGACGAAGAGGUCACCCAACACACCAGGACUCUAAUAUGGCAAUUGCUUGGAGGGUUUUUGUUCCCUGACACGAGUGGGGCAAGAAUACGAUUGUACUUUUUGGAGGUCUUGCAGGGUGACUUGGCUUUAGCCCGUCGCUGGAGUUGGGGAUCAGCGGUUCUCGGGUACCUCUACCAUAACUUGUGCAACGGCGCGAUGUGGGAAACCAAACAAGUUGGCGGUUGUAUGCACUUGUUACAGAUUUGGGCUUGGUCGAGGAUUUCGAUGGUCCGUCCCUCAGCACUUCAGGUCAUUCAACAUGGCCAUCUUCCAUAUGGGUGCAAGUGGAUCGUCCCCAAGUCAUAUAAGGGAUCCCCAAGACAUUGCGUACGCUUGUACUGGGAUGACCUAGACCGCAUGACUGAGAGUCAGUUUGAUUUCACUCCCUACGCGUCCGAGAUGCUCCCGCCUCUCAUCCUUAAUGAAGCUCCGCUUUGGUCGGCUAGAGUCAUGCUCAUAUUUUGCAAUAUGGCCGAAAUGCAUUACCCGGAUCGAUUUCUUCGGCAGUUCGGUAUAAGGCAAGACAUUCCGAAUGCUCCUCUGCCGGGUAGUGAUCAUCACGGAUCUCGUUCCAACAUAGUGAUCGGUGCCUUGACGAUGUGGGCGGACAUACAACAUAAUAUAUAUGUUCUUGAUUAUGAUCGAUAUAUGUCCCUCGAAGCAACUAAAAGGUACCGAAACUGGUACAAGAAGCAUGGUAUGACACGUGUCCAGAACCCUUCUCACAAUGUGCCCACGACAGGCUACACCCCAACAGCACACGAUUGGGGUAUUGUGAAGCAAGGCGUUCACGAGGUGUAUCAGCUCUUAGCCGACCGCGCGAGUUAUGAGGAUUGUCAAAAACGAUUACGGCAGAUGGCCCUGGAUGUAGGUGAUGAAGAUAUGCUCCACCGGGGAAUAUUCCACUAUGAAGAUGAAGAUGCAAGUGGAAGUGACGAAGAGGAUGAUUCACAUGAACGUGAAGAUGGGGGUGAGGAUUCACAAGCGCCCCCUCAAUUCUCAACACAGGGUGUCUCAUUUGAUCAACCACCCCUUCAAUUCUCAACGCAUCAAGGUGGGUCAUUUGAUCAACCACCGCCGUGUUAUGAUUCUUAUCAGUGGUCCACACAACCUGAUGUUUAUGUUGAGUCAUUUCUGAAUUCGUCUUUUUACUAUGGAGACACAACGGGGGCUUGGAACACUGGCGGUGGGGAUGGAGCAGGGCCGAGCACGCAACAUUAGAUGUAGUAUUAAAUUUAAUUUUGUAUGUACCGUCUAUUCAUUAAUAAAUUAUAUUGAAAACUACAUUUGUUUUGUUCACUUCC